CCGCUUUCAUACAAACCCGCGGAAGAUCCGCGGCGGUACGGAGUGUUCUUUCUUGCAGACGGAUUUGGUGAUUCUAUGCGGAAUGUUUUCCUUGUGAAUUUCAUUGCUCCGAAAAUGUAAAGAAUCAACUUAUAUGUGAGAUUUCCUAAACAAUACAUUCAUUUGUUAAAAGGAUUGGUUUGAUCAACUGAGAAGGCAAGCUGUGGAGAUGGAUGAGGAUUCUGAUGUGGAUAAAGAGUUGGACUCGUCCUCCCUGGCUGACCUUCACCAUGGGCUGGACUCGAGCCUAGACGAGUCGCGGGAUGGGGCUAGCGGAGACGGUGCUUCUACACCCACGCAUGAUAUCUCAACCAUGGACCCUCGGAUAUCCCGUUUACAAGACGAUCAAGUGGCUUUGUUGCAGGAGAUGGUACAGGAGAUGAAGCAAGAGUUCCAGGCUGCCUUCACACAGCUGGCUAAGCUGCCGGACAGAGACUCCGGGUCGUCCUCUAGAGGCAGUGGUGGUGUGGAUCAGCAGCAGCAGCAACAGCAGCAGGAGAGAAUGCAGCAGCAGCAGAGGCAGCUGGACGAUCUAACGGAGGCGGUGCAUGCCAUCAAGACGAGCUCAGGUCCAGACAGCCGUCCCAAGGCUCACCGUUGCCAACUCCCAGGAUGAAGGUCAGGAGACGGAAUGGCGCGGCCAACUGCCCGAAGUGCCGGUGCUGAGUGAGGACGGCUUCCCCAGCAGUGACAUGGCUGCCCUGCCCUCAGCAGUGGAGAACGAAGUCACAGCUCUGGCUUGCCGCAGCCUCAGUCUGACUCAAGCCCUGGGAGAAAAAUGUUUGAACCUCAACCUGUCGGAGUCUAGCGAUGAAGAAGGGGAAGAGAAUCGACGUGCUUCACACUACACACCACGGGCAGCACAGGCCACAGAGGAGGACAGUGGGAACAGACGCCACAGUUUGCCCUCCGCGACGGGCUUGCCCUCACUCACAAGGAACAGGGACGUAGACCGGGCGGCCCACAGACAGCGAGCAGUCAAAGAGCUGGCUGACUCAGAACGUGACUACUGCUCUCGGCUGUGGUCACUCCUCAACACCUACCUGACCCCUCUGCAGACGGCUGGCUUCCUCAGCGCCCAGGAGCUGGAUGUGCUGUUCCCUCCCUACCUUGACCAGCUCUACGCCCAGCACUGCCACAUCUGUACAGGGCUGCAGGACAGACUGGUGCACUGGACACACAUGGGCGUGGUCGCUGACCUCUUGUCACGGGUCACAGAGUCGCAUUCUGAGGAUUCCGUGAUGAACUUGUACAGAGAAUAUGUGGAGGAUUUGCCAACAGCUGUCACUUGCUUGAGACGAGCUCUGUCACAGUCACCAAACUUCAAGUCUUUCCUCAAGGCCAUCAAACAGAGCAGCUGUGAGCGUGAGGAUCUGUUCUCCCUCCUCCUGGCCCCGGUGCAGCACCUGCCUAAAUACUUGCUGCAGCUUCAACAAAUCGCGCGCCCAACCCCGCCUACCCACCCUGACUACCCGCUGCUGCAGACAACGCUGAGACAACUGCAGAGUUUUGUGGAACGUCUCAACGUGGACCUGUCGGCCGCCAUGCAGGACCUGGCACGGGACAGUCAUGUGGGGUCCAGUGCUGACACGAGCCAGACAGUCAGUGCCCGCGACAGCGGAAUCAACUCCACGGAAGAGGACAUGACCUCAGCACGUGCCUUUGCUAAAUCAGAUCAUGGCAGAGUACUGCCAGAGUGGCUUGAAGACCCUUACUACGACCCAAAGCAACAGCAGCAUCACAACAUAGGCCCCGCCUUCCGCCGACAGUUGCCCCGCCCCUCAGUCCCUUCCCGGAUGGGUGCAUUGAGUCAGCCGGACUUGACUGCUUACAGCAGCUACCCAGACCCCCGGAUGUUCUCCCAUGUCCCACGCAGCCAGUCCGUAAUGCCCACAGGCCUAGAGGGCUCGGGGGAGAUUAUUGGACCUCGUGCUAGAAAGUUCAAGGUGAGGAAGCGUCAGCCAUCUCCCUCCUACAACCCCCCAGCCCCCAGUGGCCAUGAAAUCUUCAUGCGUACAGCCUCUCCGCGCAGCCGCCCGUCCUCAGCUAUUGACUUUCUCAGCCACUCAAAUACCUACCACUCUCCACACUACAACGACUCUCCGGCUCGGGCCCACGGCUACCCUGGCCCACAGCCCCGGCCUCACUCAGCAUUGGGGCCAUAUGUUCUAGACUCCCAGCACAGGCCCACCAUCAUCAGCCGGAAACAUCUCCGCAGGUCACAGCCUCCCAUGCCCACGUCAAACGACUUUAUGCUUAGCUCUCACGGCCUGCCAGCGUCCAUGCCUAGUCACUCUCCUCACAUGCGAGGCCCACCCCUGUCCGCCCAUGACCUACUCCCAUCCCGCCCCUCCCCCUACCCUACUGCAACCAUGUUGGAUGUGGAGGAUGACGAGGACGACACGCGUGCCAGCGACAGUCACUCUCUGGCCACGACUGGCUCACACCAUCACAGCAGCAGUCACGGUUCCAACGAUGGGCAUGAGCUUGACCUUGACCUCAUUCAACAUCGCUUAGAGCAGCAAGGCGGAAGGUCUGGCAGGCACCAGCCCGUGCGGAGGGAAUUUAGCUCUGAGGAGGUCACUCAAAGUCUAGCCGAGAAACUGUGGUCAGAUGCGAAUCUAUCGGCUGGGAGAGAUAUGGAAGAUGAGGAGGAAGAGGAAGUUGAAAGUGUGCUGAGGGGUGGUUGCGAACCUUCAGAUCACAUGACCAGCAUAGCCAGUUACGUAGAGAAAUCAACUACUGCUCUGAAGCAAAUGGCUGGUGAGCAGCGUAAUGGGAUCAGUGCAAAUGCAAGCAUGCGUGGGCAGAGAGAGCAGCAAGGUAAGGACAGAAAGGGGACUUUGUCUACUCUUGUGUGUACUGUGAAUCAGUCUAAGAUUGACAGCGAGCUGUAUGAAUUGUCCCACAGUCUAGAUGAAAGAGACCUAUCCUCAAGCUCAGAGCACAACGGCAAGCCUCUAACUUCCUCAAGGGGUCCUCCAGAUGUACUUGCAUCCACUAAUGGGCAGGAAUCAUCACCGAAUGGAAAGUACUUCUCUGAGAGUGACAGAAAUGGUGGAGGAGGUGUAGCUGUGGGUAGUGAUCCCUCGCUGAAUGGACAGAGUUUAGAGCACCACAAGAGAAAUGGCGUAGAAGCAGCUCAUAAAGAAAAACAGAGAGCUCAUGGAGGUGACUUGCACAGUGUGUCUAAAAGUAACCAACAGUUUUUGCUGUCACUUACACAGAAGAGUAUUGCCAGUGGUGUUGGUGCUAGUAAUGGUGUUUCAGAGGCUCAUCUUGUACAGAAAGAUUAUAACAGAGCUCCUGUGUCUGAGAAACUCAAUUCCUCCCCUCGAAGUGCUGGCUCUCACACAGGCUUGGACAGAGAAGUAGCUCGUAACGGGAUUGAUGAUGAGGACUCCAGUCUCAACGAUGCUCCUUCAGACAGCCAGGGCCACUCUCUACCUUCGGCGUUACUCCGCGGAAACAAAUAUUCCCCUCGGCAGACAGCAGUGACCUCGACCUCUACUGCAGGACGCAGCCCACGGUUGUCUCAGCCACUCCCACCACCUUCUUUCAACUCACCACUGUUGGAUCCGAACGAGAGCCUCACUGUGUCAGAAGGCACUUCGAAAUCAUCUACCUUAUCGACGUCAUCUUUGUCACAGAGAGGAAAUAGCCCUGUGUCUGGAGCUCAGCGGCCGUAUUCCUCUCUGUACCCUACCUCGUCUUCCUCAUCUUCCUCCAAUAAGUGUGAGGGACCGUCUUCUUCCUCAUCCUCCUCUCACAAAUCAGAGCAAAUGUCGAGAGACCAAACAAAAAUCUCCACUGCCUCAGUGGAGUUACAGCUCCACAAUAACUCCACCCACACCCAGCUCUUCUCCACCUCUCUCAGCAGCAUCAGCAGCAAGAACACCACGGGGCCUCCUCUAGAGACGGCUAUUGACUCCAGCCCUCGCAGCUACAAUGGCGAGACUGAUGACCCAGACCAUCUUGACUUACCUCCCCUUGAGGUCACUGACCUGUCUCAGUCCACUGAGGUGGAGAGGGGGAAAAAGAGAGACGGGAGAAAAAAAGGCAAAGAUGUAGGCAAGUAUGGAUCAGACAGUGGCCCUCCUAAGGCAGCGGAGGACCCUGUGAGUGCCAGGAAGAAAAUGCAUCUGAAGGCUUCCAUCAAGAAUCUUUUCACCAAAAAGAGAGGACGUGUGAUUUUAGCGGAUGUUGAGCGCGAGGUUGUCAUGGAGAUGGCCAGUGCGGCCACAGCCAGGCACCAGUCCCCUCCCCCGACAUCAUCGCCAACUGCCACAGAAGACAGUGUUGGGAAGAAAGGAGGUCCCACUAGAAUGGACAAGACAAUGUUUGAGCCUGUGAAGCCAGAGAAGACUAGCAGUUCAGAUCCCUCCGCUUUUGAGAUUAAAACAAGGAAAGACCAAUGCAGUAGUACGUCAAGUCCAGUCAAAGUGAACAGACAACUGCACAGCGCUGUGUCAGCUCAUGACAAAACCAGUUCUUUGACAUCGACCAGCUCGGCCGGGAUUUCUCAUCAGGUCAACGGACAUGGGGGUAGAAGCGAGUCAUCGUUUAGAAUCUUUGGUUUUCCCCGGAAGCAGUGCUCGGAAAUUUUCGAAUUGAGCCCAGCGAAUACAAGAAGACCUGAGUUUGAGAUUCCAUCUUCACGAGGUCAUGGGCAAACUGAACUGAGCAAACAACCAUCGGUUCAGCACUUCCAAGUUUCAGUGGGUACUGAUGAGUCUCAUCUUUCUCAAGUGUCCCCUUCCAACUCUCAUGCUCAGGAGCGACUCUCGCCGUCAUCCCUGUCCUCCUCACCACCUCAACAACUGUGCCCUGUGACUCAGGCUCAGUCCUUGUCAACUUCUUUCCCAUCACAGCAGACAUCGCACACACCACAGCCUCAGGACCUCUCCACCAGCCGAGAGAAAUCCUCUAUGGUUUUUACAAACCCAGCCAAUUGUUCCAAAAAAAUAAGUUCUUCUUCAAAGCAAAAUGAAAAGGAAUUGAGAAAUUCAAAAUUGAAUGAGAAAAAGUCUUUGAAACGGGAGGUCGGUCCAAAAGAAUUGAGUCAAAGUUUAGAAAAAACAGAUAAAAGGCAUGAACAGCAGGGAAGCAAACCUGUACACUGUCAGAAAUGUUUGGGGAAAUCUAGAAAAACAGCAGCUACUGUCUCAUCUGUAGUGGGCGGUUGUGAGACGGCAACCCAAGUCCCUGGUGUCAGUAAGACCCAGAAACUGUCACCUCCUCACCCCAAUGUCAGUGUUGUAAAGUCAGAGGUCACAGGAGCAGCACAAAAUGACGACAAAAUAUCGGCCACUCCUUACAAGAUGGGCCAUAGCACAAGCGGCAGAGGUUAUUCCUAUAAGGACAGACCUAAUAUUGCCAUGUGUGAGAGAGUUAAAAGUUUACCGUACGUAGAUGAUCCUGUUGAUUUCUGCUUUUCAGAUUGCUUGAAGCCGUGCGCAGACGCAAUUUUACUGUAUGAGACAAGCCAGAACAAAAGAAUGACAAGUUCUUAUCCGUUAUGUAGUGAAAAGCAGGCCAAGAUUGCAGGCUCUGUUCGAGGGAACAAAUCUCAUGUUGCUGAUAGAAGUUUUGAGAGACCUUUGAUAUGUUCUAAUGGUGUGAAAGAGGAGCAAGUAGAUCAGGGUAUAACUGCGCAAAGAGAUCUGCUAAAUUCACACAUUCAAAAUAAAGCACCAUGCCAGAAAGACUUAUCUCAGGUUUUAUCACCUUCUUUGUCCAGUGCUGAAGUAACUACAAAUCAGGCCACUGCUGUUGGUGAGCCUUUGAGCCAGCCCUGUGUCAGUGAGGGACUUUUGUUUGAUCCCUCCCCAAUUCACCCUAAGGUGCACCCCAAACCAGGACAAGACUCAUCUACUCCAAACCCCAGCCCCAGCUCAGCCGUAUCAGAAACGGUUGUAAUGAGUGGACCCAGAGACCAGCUUGCAAAAACUUCCUUCACUUCUUUCAGCUCCAAUUCUUCAGUGACAAGUUCAGACUCGAACAAUGAACGCGUGGUCUGUCGAGGAGUUGGAGGCAGGGCUUGUCCGGUGGUGCGUCAUCAUGACACAAACCUGGACAACAGCUCCUGCCUGGCCAAGUCUUAUGACAAAACUGCUCUUUUACCUGAUGUGCCCAGUGAUGGAGACUCUCCACCUCGCUUGCCACCAGAAGAUAAAGAUUAUUUUCAACACAAAUAUCGACUUUACUUUGAUGAAGAUGAACGCUUGGAAGCUCGAUCCAAUACCACCGCAAAACCACUGCAGACUGUUGUUACCUCCACAUCACAAGAGUUAACAGAUAACCUCCAGCAGCAUCUCACAACACACAAACACAAAUUGCCAAAGAAAAAAAGCCACGGACAAAACGCCUUGACUCCGUCACCCUCUGGAGCUGGUAACUUCAAAACAUCACCCACUAGUUUAUGCAGUACACAGAAUGGGAGCAGAAAUCAGGAAACUAGUUUGUGCCCUGUGACCCCCAUGACCUCUAUGGCCUCUCAUGAGUCGUCUUGUACUGGACUUGGUAUUCCGAAGAGAACAACAAUAUCCGACCACAAGGCAGUGAAUGUUGCAGACAGAUUAGAGAAUACUUCCCCUGACACGCUUCUUGUUAAUGGAACCAGUUCAGCAGCAUCCUCUGUGUCUGAAGAAUCAUGUCAAACAGUUGUUUACGUACCUCCUUCUACUGGCAGGUUAUGUACAAGAGAACUUAGUCUCUCUUCAUCAGGUGAAAACAUGCUAUCAGAGAACAAAAACUCUCACACAAAGUCAGUUAUGAUUUCUGCAGAGAAAAAUCCUAGUGUUGCAGAAACUGGGCCAAGUCCAUCUCUCCCAAAUGGUUUGCCGAAGUGUUACAUCGUAGAUGAUUUUAGUAACAAUGCUGUUGGUCAUGUACAAUUAGCACAUAGCAUGAAGCCCUCAUCCCAGCCUCCAGUCGGAAACCAACAUCGUCUCAGGCAAAGUCCUCCCAAUGAUCUUACAGGCCAGAUUCCCCACACAAGACCUGAAUCCUAUCCCAGUGGGAAGACCUUAAAGAUUCCAUUUCCGGAGAAUUCUGGAGUCCAUCAGCACACCAACUCUCAUCGGAACUUUUUUUCCGUUCUCCCUUACAAUGAUUACGUUGUCUCAAAGCCUAAGACAUCUUCUCCUUCAUCAACACAGAAUAGUCUACUUGGAAACCACACGGAAUCUGCAGAGAAUAAUUUAGAUUUAUCAAAUACCUCUUCUAAGCAAUACUACUAUGCAGGAGGCCCGACAGGCAGUAACAGGCAAGGAGAGUGGAUGUUGAAUGGGGACAUUCCUACUCUCUCUGCUGCUACUAAACCCUCCAGUGGCCAUAGGAGGAUGCCUAUUAUGAUGAGUGGCAUCGCCCACAGCAGCAUGAAUGCAGCGGAACCUGCUGGCCACAGCAAGCGUCACUCACACUCACACUCGCACUCACACUCACACAACUACGCUAGACGCAGCUUUGAUUCUCAUGACUUCUUCGCAGCCCAUUCUCUCGGGCCCAAGAGUCUGUUCUUCUGUGACUCCCUGGCCCAGAAUUCCUCCUCAUCCACGCCCUCACCCCCUGAGAGCUUCACCUCCUUCACUCUGAGUCAUCACCUCAACUCACAUCGACAGUCCAAACAACCGCCCUCCGAGGGGAUCAGACAUGGCUCCUCAGCUCGCGCCGAGCUCAGCACCGUCAAGGUCAAGGAUGAGAAAAAAAGUCGAUCGGGGAAGUCGUCGGGAACAAGAGAAAAUUCUCAGAGAAAUUCUCGCCAUGAUGGCUCACACCGUGAGACUGGAGGGUCUGGCAGGAACAAGGGGGACAAUCGAGUUCCUUUGAUUAACCUUCAAGCGGGACCAGAUUUACUGCCCAUGAAUGAAAAUGUCCAUUCGGAGGGAACAUUCUCUGACAGACAUCAGAACUCCGCUCCACCAAAGAAGUCUCAGUCUCUGUUCUCAAAGCUGGCACAUUCUCCAUUAGCUUUCUUCUCAAGAGACUCCAAAUCUUCUGACCAGCCAAAAUAGUUUUUCUCUUUUUUUCUGUAAAGCAGUCUCUCAAAGCUGUUUGUAAUCUCAUUCUUUUAAAAUGAUAAUGACUUUUCAAACCCUCUUUUACUUGCAAUGAUCCUUAUUUCUAAUAAGUAAAAACUGUUGAUUUUUUUUUCUGAAUAGGGUUUUGAACCCUCUGCAAAUGUCUCUCAUCGUGCAUUAUCUCUCUUUUAAAUGUAUUUCUACUGCUUUAUGUGCCAAAAUUUUGCACAAAAAAAA